UUAGAUGCAAUUAUGCAUCUAAUCUUGUACACACUGUUUUUGUUGUUGGAUAGUGACCCUCAUCCACUACCACGUUCCUUAACAUAACCCCUCUCUCUCUCUUAAUCAAGAUUCCAAUCCUUCCCCAGUUGUAAAUAAAAUCUUCUCCGAGCAGAUAAGACUGGUGGUUGUGGGCUUGUGAAGAUUUCAGGUACUUAGAUAUCUUCUGAUUUGAUGCCAUAACACAUUCCUCAAUUGUAUAAUAAUAACUUGUAAAUGGGUUCCGAAGGUCCUGCAACAAUAACAAUUCAUGUGACGGGUUUUAAGAAAUUUCAUGGAGUUUCUGAGAAUCCAACUGAGACAAUUGUCAGUAAUCUCACCGAUUAUGUGAAGAAGAAUGGUUCACCAAAAGGUCUGGUUAUUGGUAGUUGCAGCAUUCUUGAAACUGCAGGACAAGGAGCAGUUCUUCCCCUAUACCAGACAUUGCAAUCUGCAAUAAGCGAGAAGGACGCUACAAGUUCCAGCAGAAUUAUUUGGGUACACUUUGGAGUUAAUAGUGGUGCAACUAAGUUUGCUAUUGAGCAUCAAGCUGUCAAUGAAGCUACUUUCCGUUGCCCUGAUGAGAUGGGAUGGAAGCCUCAGAAAGUCCCUAUCAUUCCUUCAGAUGGUGGAAUUUCACAUAUAAGAGAGACUUCUCUUCCAGUUGAGGAGAUAACCAAGGCCUUGGCAAAGAAGGGGUUUGAGGUGAUGACCUCAGAUGAUGCAGGGCGCUUUGUAUGCAACUAUGUCUACUAUCAUUCCCUUCGGUUCUCAGAGCAAAAUGGGAUCAAAUCACUCUUUGUGCACGUGCCUCUCUUCGUGACUAUAGACGAGGACACCCAAAUGAAAUUUGCUGCUUCCUUGCUAGAGGAACGUCAAUCACUCAGCAUUCUAGGUUGGCUCUAG